AUGAAGUCCUUGAACACCCUCUUCAUUCUGGCCUUGCUAAUGGCUCUGGCCAUUACUCUGUCAGCAACAUCUUCCGAAAAUGAAGAACCAAACUUUUUACGAGGAACAAGCCGCUUCCUGUCUCAGAAAAAAGGGAGGGUGGCGUUGGCAUGUGACAAAUACCCCAACAUUUGCCAUAUUAAAGGAAGCGCAGGUCCUAACUGCUGCAACAACAAAUGUGUCAACUUUUUCACAGAUAGUUUCAACUGCGGAAGGUGUGGAAAGAAAUGCAGCUUUGGAAAGAUGUGCUGCGAUGGGAAGUGCGUGAACCCUAGGACUAACGAGAAGCAUUGUGGAAAAUGUGGCAACAAGUGUAACGCCAAAGGUUCAUGUGUUUAUGGUAUAUGCAGCUAUGCGUAG